AUGCUCGGCUGUUCGAGCCGUACCAGAUCUACGUCGACAUGGGCGGUAGCCCUAAUAAUAUCGCUGCUACUGCUGGGCAUGGCAGCCCCGGCUGCCGGAUUGCGGAGCACUGCCGGAUCGCCCUGCGUGGAUGUCUGCAAUCGACAGUCAAAUAGCACGACGGGGUCCGAAAUUGCCUGUCUGGACGACGAGUUCAAGAAUACGGCCAAGGGGUCGAAAUUCCAGAACUGUGUCGAGUGUCAGUUGCGCAGUAAUUAUAGCGAUUCGGCCUCGGGUCAGACGGAUGUCGAAUGGGGUCUUUAUAACCUUCGAUACGCCUUCACUAGCUGCGUCUACGGGUUUCCCGAGAGCGUGAACAAUAUCUCGUCCCAAUGUACCGUUUCCUGUCAGAGUCUGGACACAGCGCUGGAGUACGAUCUCAAGGAUCCCAGUGGCGUGAAUUUCGAUACCUGGUGUGGCGUUUCGUCGUUUGCCGAUAAUGUCAUCAGUCAGUGCGAGUUCUGCUACAACCUUACCACAACGCAGAUCUAUAUGGCGAACUUCCUCGAAGCCCUCCGCUAUAACUGCCACUUCCACGUCCCCACGGGAAGUGAAUUCCCCAUCAACCCAGCCCGCAUCUUCAGCCAAUCCGUACUGCCCGAAUCCACCGUCGACCUUCUCAAUCCCGACGACGGUGGAUCCGGCAUAAACAACCUGGCUCUGGUAAUUGCCCUGCCCAUCUUAGGAUUUGUAAUUCUGCUCUGCACACUCGCCGUCGGCUGCUUCUUUUUCAUCCGCUGGCGUCGCAGAAAGGCCCGCAAACAGCGCGCCUCGAGCCAUUUGCAUGCCCGCUGGAAUGAUACCACGAUCAGUACCCCGGCACAUGGCUGGACGCAGUAUCAUGAUAUGUAUAGUCCCGCGAUCCAGCAGCAGGGGUACGGCGCUGUGCAAGGGGCAGGAGGAGUAGGGCCUGGGGGAGGGUUUGGGUUCGUGGACAGUGAUGGCCGCCCGCAGCAUAAUGUGGGAUAUUCCAAAUCCCAUUAUGCUUCGGUCAGCGAGUCGACCGUGCAGGCGCCAGACUCGACAUAUUCCCCCGAGAGGGAGAAGGGGUCAGAGCAGCAGACUUACUGGGGCGGGCAGAUCCAGCCUUACUUUCCGCCGCCGGAUGUGCAGGGGCAGCAGGAUCAGAAGAAGUGA